UGUCUCUAGCGCUGGUCUCGGAGUUCUGGUGUUUUCUUUUUCUGGCAUACCACAGACCACGGCCGCGGUCUAGGGAUACAAAUUCUGACUCUAUGUCAUCGCAAUCCUUCCCGUUCUCUAGACUCAGUCAACUCAGAAGAGCGCGUGAGAUAUCACUUGCCGUAGCAGAACCCUUGGUCUACUCAAUCCUAUUGGUAGGCCUGAUCAUCAUGAUUCGCACGACAACGGCUACACGCAUGAGAAACAUCUCCUCAUUAUGCCAAAAAAUAUCGAUAUCUUAACCACUAGCUACAAAUCAAAGGUAACACCAUAUAUCUAACCAGA